AUGGCGGGUGUGAAUAAUCAAGUCACUGCGCCGUCUGCAGCGACUGCAGAUGCCAUGUCAUCUCGCAAGCGCAAUGUAGCACUUGCGGGAAUGGACAGCUCCCCGGGCAGCAUCGACGACGGGGAAGAUCUUGAUCGGGACGACAAGAGACGACAGCCGGUAAAGCGCGCCUGUAACGAAUGCCGUCAGCAGAAGCUCAGAUGCGAUGUGGUUCAAGACCCGUGGACGGACUGUUCCAGAUGUCGCCGACUCAAGCUCGAGUGUAAAAUCGAAUCAAACUUCAAGCGAGUUGGGAAACGAAGUCGCAAUGCGGAAAUGGAACGAGAGAUCAUCGAGCUCAGGAAGCAAAUUGCCACCGCAAACUCCGGUGCAGGCGCCUACCAGCAGCAAUCACAGCUUUCAGCCGGCCAGGUGACGCCGAAACAAGAGUCCAACCAUGUCAGUCCCGCCGGUGUCUACCAGACACCGUCGGCCAUGUCCGCCGAUCAAUACAUGGGCUCCCAGGAGGCGGUCGCAUCGCUGCUCGAUUUGCGUUCGGGGUUCGACAGCUCCAACUACAUGCGCAACAAUACCCAUCAGUUCAAACGGAUAGAAGAUGUGAUAGUAGUCCCGGAGAAAGUAAAGGAGCUCUUCAAUCUAUUCUUCACAUAUUAUCAUCCAUUCCUCCCCUUCCUCAAUCGGACGAAAACCCCCGAAGACUACUUCUCCGCUUCACCCCUGUUGUUCUGGACGAUCGUCAGCGUUGGAGCGAGGCGCUAUCAGAGCGACUCCGGCCUCCUCACUUCCCUUGCCGGGCCCGUGACUCGUCUUGUCUGGAGUACGCUGGCCGAUAUCCCCCAGAGUUAUCAUGUGGUGAAGGCGCUCUGUCUACUCUGCUCGUGGCCCUUCCCCACAAGCAGUACAUCAACAGAUCCAACAUUCAUGCUUUGCGGAAUGAUGGUCCAAGUGGCGAUGCAGCUGGGUCUUCAUCGCCCGUCGCAUACCCAGGACUUUAGCAAAUUUCGUGUGGAGCUCAUCGAAGAAGAGCUGAGGGAUAAAGUGCAGACAUGGGCCAUUUGCAACAUCGUUGCGCAGCGUGUGUCUACCGGUUAUGGCCAGCCACCCUCGACGCUCUACGACUGGACCUUAUCGAGCGAUUCUACGGAUCCCAAUUUCAAACUCCCGUCAGAUAUUAGGCCACGGCUGGAUGUCGAAAAAUUCUGUGACAAAAUCACAAGAGCCCUGUACAGCAAUCGGCGGGACCCCGUUGGUCUCUCCACAGAUCAAGAGAGGCACGCCAUGAUUUCUUUCCUGUCUCGUGAUUUCGAUGAGCUGGAAGAACAGCUCAAGACGCAGCAAGAUGCCAUCACAAAGCUUUACCUUCGAGCCGCAAACCUCCAUCUCCACCUUUCUGCAUUUUUUGAUGAGCCUUCGACGAAAGACUACCGCGAGCGUCUCCUCUCUCUAUAUGUUGCCACGACCUCUUUUCUCGAAGCGGCCAUGAAUCUGGAAACGGACGUUGGUCCCGUCCUCUCAUAUACCCCCUACUAUAUCUAUCAGAUGAUGGUCGCUGCCGGGUGUACUCUUCUCAAGCUGAGUAAGAGUUUCUUUUCGUCCCACAUCGAUAUGGAAUACACGAAAAACCUUUUCAACCGGACAAUUUGGGCCAUCCGUGGCGUGUCAGUCUCGAGCAAUGAUCUACCGGAGCGACUUGCCGAAGUGCUUGCUCAGAUGUGGAGGCUUGGUGGCGGGACUCAGCGGGCGACCGGUAGCAACACGGACGUGGAUGAUUCCUUGCGACUGAAAGUGCGAUGUCGGAUGAGCAUGUCUUUGCUCUUCGACUCUGUCUGGCGAUGGCGAGAGGAUACGCGAACCAAGGGGCGCAAUAUUGAAGCAUAUCUCAAGAACCCGACCAAUCCCGACUCGGCCGCCGAUUCCUCUAACGCAUCCUCCGUGGGCUUGGUACGAACUCAAUCAUCAACACCCGGGAUAUCCGGCGGUGAUCCAAGUCUCGCGCCUGCGCCCAUGCUGGCCGCGCCCAGUCUCGGAGUCCAACCACCAGGCCCAGGUGUCAAUAGCCUGCCCAGUGGAUUUAUGGAGCCGAACUACGAGGUCUUUGACCCGUUGAACUGGCUUCUGGACGGAUUGGUUGAUCUGCCUUACUCUUAUUCAGCCGUGGGUGGUAUCGAGCCUCAAAGCAUCGUAUAG